AUGGUCAGAAAACGAUAUGAAUGGGGCGCUCUUUCUCCAAGUCAACGCAUCAGUUACAUCAGUGCUGUCAAGUGUAUGCAGAACAAACCGCCGGUGCUGCCGACUAAGCAUUUCCCUGGAGUGCGCAGCCGCAUGGACGAUUUCGCAGCGACGCAUAUCAAUUACACGCUCGGCGUCCACUUCAACGGAGUAUUCCUCGCAUGGCAUCGUCACUUCAUCUGGAUAUGGGAGCGAGCCCUGAGGGAUGAAUGCGGAUAUAAUGGAACUCUACCAUACUGGGAUUGGCCACUCUCCGCCAACGACCUGGGUGCGAGCCCUUUAUUUGACGGGUCUCCGACAUCGUUGUCGGGCAAUGGUAACCCCAACAUCCAACCAACCAACCUUACGGAAAACAGCGCCGCCAGAAACAUCAAUGGGGGUUGCGUGACGUCCGGACCGUUUGCAAACCUGCAACUCACUUUGCCGGAUCUCAGCGACCCUAUGUAUCUCCAGUCGUUCCCUUCAAACGCCUUUGACUAUACUCCCCGGUGCUUCGCUCGGGACCUCAAUUCAACUCGAUCCCGCCGGUUCCUUAACGAGGGGGUGGUCAAUUCUCUGCUGACGGCCCCGGAUCUCCGCACCUUUCAGAUCAUCAUGGAUGGCGGUUCUUCCCCCGAAGAACUCUUGUCGAACAACAAUGUCGGGCCGCAUUCGGCGGGACAUCAGUGUCUGGGACCUACGAUGGCCGACUUCUACGGUUCGGCACUGGACCCGGCGUUCUAUCUGCACCAUGGGAUGGUCGACCGCAUAUGGGCCCUCUGGCAGGCUCAGUACCGGGCGACACGAGUCUCGGAAGUGUACGGAACCCAGAGUUUGUUCAACAAGGCCGACACGCCCAAUGUGACGCUCGACACGCAGCUCAGUUGGGGGGUGUUGGGGGGACCUCGGAGGUUGGAGCAACUGAUGGAUACGCAUCGUGACGAGUACUGUUAUGAAUAUGUCUAA